CCCCGAGUGGGACAGGGGGUAUUACGACCAAAAGAGGGCGUGCCUCGGUGAAAUGUCGCGAGAUAGUUGGGAGAUUUCACACAUUAAGCUCGGGCAGGGUGGUGUACGACUCGACAAAGGAAGAUGGCUGCACAUGUAUUGGAUGAUACCGGCGAAGUCGAGCCAACGGCGCCGCUGCCGGUGAAUGAGGGUUUCACCAAAGAGCAGACCCUCUUCCUCAUCCAACAGAUCCGCCUUGAGCUAGGCGGCGAGGGACCCGCGACCGCGACCUCCUUCGACGACCUCAACCGGCGGCUGAGGUCUGGGAAGAAGUCAAAGAAGGUGUUGUGGGAGGAGAUGGCUGCGAAGCUUGCGGGGCAGUUCGGGGAGCACUUCCUGCAAGAAAAGGUGUGUCGCAAGUGGCUGACGCUGACGGAGGGCUAUAAGAAAGUCAAGGAGAACACGGCGUUGACGGGCAGGGGGCCGGUCCGCUUCCAGUUCUACAAGGAGAUGGACGAGAUGGUGGUGUGGUGCGACAGUCCUCCGUCCCCAGCGCCGGUGGACACGGCUCCCUCGCCGGCGCCCUGCACCAGCACAGGGCUGUGGGACCCGCUCAGCGGGGCUCCCUCCCCAGCGCAGCCCGCCAGCGCCUUCCCCCCGUCUCCUGCUUCCUCGGCAGCCAGCCCACCUCAAGUCCCAGCUCCCACCAGACCCGUUGACUCCUCGACUUCCGCUUCCUUGCGGAAGCGGAAGAGGAGGGCGGACCUGGAGGACACAAGGGAGGAUGAGCUGUUGGCCUACCUUGAGAGCUCUGACGGCGCUGCCAUGGCUGCUUCACAGAAGCGGCAUGAAGAGUGCCUGAGCGAGAUGAAGGCGCUGAGGGAGGAUCGGAGGGAGCUCCUCCAGCUGUUCAGCCGGAUGGUGGACAAGAUAAGACUUAAAAAAAUGUCAAAGACUCAGAGAGUGGGAGAACGGUUGCCUGAGGAUGUUGGCACUGAUGAUUGCAUGGAUUCAUACACGUAUACUUACAGUCCCGAUUUACUGAAGGAUCAAGUAGCGUUCAUAACUGGUGGGGGCUCUGGCAUCGGGUUUCGUAUAGCAGAGGUGUUCAUGAGGCAUGGCUGUGACACAGUGAUUGCCAGCAGGAACCUGGAUAAACUAAAAGAGGCAGCUAACAAGCUGUCGACUGCGACCGGACGCCGCUGCCUGCCUCUGCAUAUUGAUGUCAGAAACCCUGAAACCAUCACUGCAGCCGUGGAGGAGACUCUGAAAGAACUGGGCCACAUCAACAUCUUGAUCAACAAUGCAGCUGGCAACUUCCUGUGCCCGGCAUCGGCCCUCUCCUUCAACGCCUUCAAAACUGUGAUGGAGAUUGACACCAUGGGCACCUUCAAUGCCAGCAAAGUGAUCUACGAGAAGUGGUUCAAGGAUCAUGGCGGGAACAUCGUGAAUAUAUCCGCAACUCUGGGCUACCGGGGCCAGGGCCUACAGGUGCACGCAGGCUCUGCCAAGGCAGCCAACGAUGCCAUGACCAGACACCUGGCAGUGGAGUGGGGCCCCAGCGGAGUGAGGGUCAAUACCCUGGCCCCAGGGCCCAUCUCGGGCACCGAGGGCUACCGCAGGCUUGGAGGGCCCCAGGGUGAGGCCAGGGGAGCCUUCAGCUCCAUACCUCUCCAGCGGGCAGGAAACAAGACGGAGAUGGCGCACGGCGUCCUGUUCCUGGCCAGCCGGGUGUCAUCCUACAUGACGGGUGCCGCGCUGGUGAUGGAUGGAGGGGCGUGGCUCACCUCAGCCAAUGACGUGGCUGCGAUGCUGGGUAUAGCCUCUAACUCUGCUAAGCUCUGAACCAGCCCCACCUCCUCCUGGCCCAGGCCAUUGGUCGACUGAAGCUAGGAGGGACAAGUGAUGAAACCAGAGACUACCUGAACCUUCUUGUUGAUUGCUUCGGUUGUUGCUAACAUGCUAUUCUGUUUUGGGGUAAAGGGCUGGAGUGUUGUGAAUAAUAUCUCACAAGUCGACCAAUAAAGUUAAUGUACUGCAAUCAUAAAUAUUAUAUUAUUACUUUUACCUGUGGCUACGGUUUUGUUACAGUAUCAUAAAUGAUGUAUGAACCCAA